AUGACAGCCCCAGCCGACCUCGAAAAGUCGAAGAAUGACGACAACUUCCUCCACAACUGCGAUUUCGUCAACUUCGGUCUCGGCGGCAAUGACCAGAACCCUUGGAUCCACUACUCGUGCCCCUUGAACAAACCACCCUACAUGCAAUGUUCCCGUCUGGAACUCAACGACUGCAUCAUCAACGAUCACGGAGUCCUGCGUGGACAAGAAAAGGGAGGGUUCGCAAAAAGCUGCAAGGACUGCGUCUACCUUCACGAGAUUGGCAACCUCGUCUGCCAGUGCGCAUUUGGAAACCCAACCCAGUUCCGCGAGACCCAUAGAUACCUUGACCAGGAUGUGUGGCUCUCUGGCAGUAAGCUAGCGAGCCGAGGGGUCGUCAUGCACUUAAACGAGGGCUGCGAGGGCUCCACACAAUGCGGCUACAAAAAUCUGAUCGCGCCUCUUUCUCUCCCUCAAUCUUCCACUUUCAUCCUCACGCUUUCUCCUUUCCUGCCUACUGCGGCACCUCAAAAGCAACCCCCCGAGCACAUAUCGAGAAAGGCGCUGUUUGGUCCGCUUGAAAAAGCAGCCAUGGGCGCGGUUCAUCUCUACCUCAUUCGCCACGGCGAAUCCGUCGAUAAUGUCGCGAACCUCUACGCGCUCUUUGUGGGCGUGGCGCGUGUUUGCAGUGCUGGGUCUCGCGACGCACCUUUGACGAACCAUGGCGUCUUGCAAGCCAAGCGCCUGGGUGAACAUCUCGCGACGCGAACCGCUGCGGCCUCGGCCCCCAUCACGCAUGUCUUUUCGUCGAAUCUUCAAAGAGCCCACCGCACUGCGAUGCUAGCAGCCCACACUGGCGAUGCCGAUGCCCAGGCAUCGUCUAGUACCGACGCUGGGUCCAUACCCUCAACGGUUGGGGUGGCCCCGCUGCAGUUAGCAGAGCUGCGGGAGAAACACUUUGGAACAGGCGAGGGUCAGAGGUUCGGCGCCCGGUCGUCUAGAGAGAGACACGAAGGCGCCGAAGACCACGACUCGAUGCGCGUGCGUGCGGAGCGGUUCGUUGACGAGUACCUCGCUCCCCUCUUCGCUUGCGUCGAAGGAGAGCGAGAUGAAGAGCAACAGGGUGCCAGCAACGGUACGGAGAGCAUCAUCAUUGUUGCCCAUGGCAUCAUCCUGGGCGUGCUGGCGAGGGUUCUCCUUGCCGCUGGCAACUUUGGAUCUUUGGCAACCGGCACGUCGGACCAGCAACAGCGGUUCUCGUGGAGCAACACCGGUUAUCUCUUGUUUCACAUCAAGUCGAUGCCGGCAGUUGAUGCGAAAGAGUCUGCUGGUCUGCGAAGCGGUACGCAGGAACCCAGAUGGCCCCAUCUGAAGCUUGAAAUUGUGGAAGUCAACUGCACUGAACACCUUCGCGGGUUGAAAAAGACGCGCGGAGGGAUUGGCAGCGCAAAAUUUGACGAGAAGCAGAAGACGCUCAGCGCGUUCUUCAAACCGACUGCAUCCAAACGGAAGCACGAGGACAGUUGA